AUUUGUUCUUGUUCUCUCUUUCAGCCUCAUAUGCCUUACUAUUUCUGGCUCUCUUCUUUCUCCCUCAACAAAUUAAAUCUCUCAAAUUUUGCAGAAUAACAAGACACAUCUUUCAAACAACAAACUCCAUUUCCCCCUAACGGAGAUGGCCGCUUAGUUCCAUGGCAACCCACCGGAAAUUCAAAUUCCGGCCGCUGCUACCACCUGCUUUUCCCGACUGAAUGCACAGAACUUGAUGCCUUUGAACAUGUAAUAAAAUAAAACCGUUCAUCCUCGCUAAAGGAAACUACAGUUUUCAUUUCCUAUUGAAAAUCAUCACUUUUCAAUUUCCCACUUGCGAUGGCGAGUACCACACCCUCCGCCGACUCAGCUUCAGCCGAUGAACUCACUGCAAAAUCUGCGCACAAGCGCUACGAAGGGUUGAUGACGGUUCGAACCAAAGCUAUGAAGGGCAAAGGGGCAUGGUAUUGGGCGCACCUGGAACCCAUGCUGCUGAACAACACCGAAACAGGGCUCCCCAAAGCCGUCAAACUCAGGUGCUCCCUGUGCGACGCCGUUUUCUCUGCUUCCAAUCCCUCUCGCACGGCCUCCGAGCAUCUAAAGCGCGGAACGUGCCCCAAUUUCAAUUCCGCCGCCAAACCAAUCUCCUCCAUAUCCCCCUCCGCCGCCGCUGCCACCGUGGCCGUCUCUCCACCACCUUCCCCGACCAACCACAACCACCGCAAGAGAACCUCCGCAUCCGGCCCCGCUUCAUCCUACGAAGUGUCGCCGCUGGCCGUAGUGGAUCCGUUGCGAUUCUUCGGAGAGCUGACGUACGCGCUGCCGCAGCAACCGCAUUUGAUGUUGUCCGGAGGGAAGGAGGAUUUGGGCGCCUUAGCUUUGUUGGAAGACAGUGUGAAGAAGCUAAAGAGUCCCAAAACUUCACCUGGUCCAACUCUCAGCAAAGCUCAAGUCGAUAGCGCAUUUGACUGUCUCGCUGAUUGGGUCUACGAAUCCUGUGGUUCUGUCUCUUUCUCCUCUCUGGAGCACCCCAAGUUCAGAGCGUUUCUUAAUCAGGUUGGGUUACCCUCGGUGUCUGUCAGAGAGUUCACUGGAAGUAGAUUGAACGCCAAGUUUGAAGAAGCUAAAGCAGAUUCAGAAGCGCGAAUCAGAGACGCUUUGUUCUUUCAAGUAGCCUCGGAUGGGUGGAAACGGAAGGGGAAGAAGUACUGCGAAGAAAAGCUGGUUAACAUGACCGUUAAUCUUCCCAAUGGGACCAGUUUGCACAGAAGGACAUUGUUUGUUGGCGGUUCUGCUCCUCCCAGUUACGCGGAAGAAGUUAUUUGGGAGACAGUUACCGGCAUUUGUGAGAAUGUCGGGCAACAAUGUGUUGGCGUUGUUGCAGACAAGUUUAAGAAGACGGCAUUGAGAAACUUGGAGAAUCGAAACCCUGGGAUGGUUAACCUUUCUUGUCAGUACCAAGGGUUCAACAGUUUGAUCAAGGACUUCAACAAGGAGCUAUCGCUGUUUAGCACCGUAACUCAGAAUUGUGUCAAGCUCGCGACUUUCGUUAACUACGAAACUGGAGUGAGGAACAGUUUUCACAAGUACCAACAGCAGGAGUACGGACAUGCGUGGUUGCUCCGAAUGCCGUUGCCCUCGCGCGAGUCCGAGUCUUUUGACACUGUGUAUGCAAUGAUGGAGGACUUGUUGAAUUCAGUUGGGGCGUUACAGCUGGUGCUUUUGGACGAGUCAUUGAAAAUGGCGUCCGUAGAAGACCCGAAUGCGAGGGAAGUCGGGGACAUGAUUGGAGAUGUGGGGUUUUGGAAUGAGUUGGAAGCGGUUCAUUCGUUGGUUAAGUUGGUGAAGGAGAUGGCUCAGGAGAUUGAGACAGAGAGGCCUCUUGUAGGGCAAUGCCUUCCGAUAUGGGGUGAGUUAAGGGCACGAGUGAAGGACUGGAGUUCCAAAUCCCAGGUUGCGGAAGGAGCGGUGGAGAAAAUUAUUGAAAAACGGUUCAUGAAAAACUACCACCCUGCUUGGGCCGCAGCUUACAUUCUUGACCCUGUGUAUUUGGUGAGGGACACGAGUGGGAAGUACCUUCCACCGUUUAAGUACUUGACACCGGAACAAGAGAAAGACGUGGAUAAACUCAUAACAAGACUCGUUUCAAGGGACGAGGCUCAUAUUGUUCUAAUGGAGCUCAUGAAAUGGAGAACGCAGGGGCUUGACCCGGUUUACGCUCGUGCUGUGCAGAUGAAGGAGAGGGAUCCUGUUACUGGGAAAAUGAAGAUUGUGAAUCCCCAAAGCAGUAGACUUGUGUGGGAAACUCAUCUCACAGAGUUUAAGUCUCUGGGAAGAGUUGCGGUUAGGUUGAUUUUCCUUCACGCAACUUCCCUUGGCUUCAAAUGCAAUUGGUCUUCCUGGAGAUGGGUGUGUGCACAAGGACACUCCAGAGAAGCACUGGAUAGGGUUCACAAGUUGAUUUUUACUGCAGCUCAUUCCAAAUUGGAAAGAAAAGAUUUUUCAGGUGAUGAACAGAAGAAUGCAGAGCUGUUCAGCAUGGCAAAUGAGAAUCUUGAAUGGCACAUGACAUGACGAUGCAUUCGUAAAAAACCGAGUUGUUACUCUGCUUUCAUGACUCCCAAAUUGGUGAAUCCUUUCCACUCCAAAGUCCAAAGUCGUUCAGCUUUCUUCCUAAAGUCAAACUGGUGCAUUAAUGAUCCCGAAGUCUUGUUCAACUUACGUCAAACACGCAACUUUACAAAUGGCCAUUGCUUUCAAGUUCAGUCAGGGUGUUGAUUCUUAAUAAACUCUUUCGAUUGUUUUGUCAGCAGAAUAUAAACAACGCCCUACCCCAUGGGCUUUGUUUGUUAGCCAACACGAACAUGGACGUAAACUCAUGGGGUCCCAAUUCUUUUUCUCUUUUCGCUGGCAAUUGUAGAACUCUAAUCCUUAGUUCAAGCUUCUCUCAUAAAAUG